UCACAAAUCGGCAACACACAGGAAGCUACCCGAGUAGCGACUCCCAGGGUACACAUUCAAACUGAAUCGUCAGGCUUUGACUCGCCUGUGACUGACUAAAGAAUAUUUGUAAACUUACAACUGUCGCCUAGCGACACAACAAUGAGCCUCGUGACAUUCUUUGUGGACUCAAUGGCCUGAGCACCCCGAGCACAGUCAUUAAAAUGAGCUUAGUUGUGUAAUUCAAACCUUCCUGUGUACCUCCCCCAACCAACCAUAUUCAUAGAAACCUCAGAGAGCAGUGUUUCCAGUGAUGUACCCGCCUGUCACAGUCCACCCUGUCAUUGACAGACAGCAACCUGUUGGCAGACCUCCCCUCCCUGUGUCACGCCAUUGGGACAAGGACAGGGACCUUUGAAGAAACUUGUCUGGUGAUAAAAGACAGACUUCAACAUCACAGGACAGAUUGUUUGUCGGCAUAGCUCCAUACCACACUUCACUUCUCUGGCUCAGUAGUAGGGCCGACAUUUCUAUCCUGACUUGCUGAGUAGUCUGCUGGAAAUGUCUCAGGAAGAAGUGCUCCGUUUCCUGCUUGUUGGGAAAACCGGUUGUGGAAAAAGUUCGAGCGGGAACACAGUUCUAGGUGAGAACCUGUUUGACAGUGACAUGUCCUUUGAGUCCGUCACCAGCACCUGCACGUUGAGGACCGGCACCCGCAAUGGCACUACCAUCGAGAUCAUGGACUCGCCGGGUCUGUUCGACACCUCAAGGACGCACGAGGAGGUGGCUGCUGACGUGGUUCAAGCCGUUGCCUGCAUGCACCCGGGACCCACGGCCGUGCUGUACGUCAUCAUGUUAGGCAGUCGCUACACGGAGGAGGAGGCCGGGGUGUACGAGAGGCUAAAGGCUCUCCUUGACCCCGACGUGACCCAGUACACCAUCAUCCUCUUCACGCGAGGCGACGACCUGACGAAAAGGAAGAGAAGCAUCCAAGAUGUCCUUUCUACGGUCCCUGAACAUCUCCGCAAGGUCCUCGAUGAGUGCGGCCACCGCUACGUGGUCUUCGACAACAUGGCAGACGACAAACAGCCGCAGGUGGAGCAGCUGAUGGAGGAGGUGCGCAGACUGAGGGAGGCGCAUGGCGGCAAACCUUACACGUGUCCCAAGUACGGAGAGGUCGGCGAGAAGAUGGAGAAGGAGGUGGCUAGGAGACUGCAGAAGGUGGAGGAGGAGGAGGUGAAGAGAAAGAAGUAUGUACAGGAGCUGGAGGAGAAUAUGAAGAAGGCAGAAGAAAAAAUAGAGAGAGAAAAACAAGAAUUUGAGAGAAGAGAAAGGGAGAGAGAAGAACAAAUAAAGAAGAACGAGGUCGAGAGAGCCAAGCAGCUGGAAGCCAUGAUGGAGGCCUUGAAACAACAGCAGCUCAACGCUGAGCGGACGCACCUACAGGACAUGUUAUAUAGCCAGAGAUUGGAAGAAGAGAGGAAGCAUCAGGUACAGGAGAUAGAACAAAAGAGGAAAGAAAAAAUAGCAUCUUUAGAGGAGCGACAACAGAAGUUACAGGAGCUGUACGACAAGCAGCUGGAGGCGGAGAGAGAGGCUGGCAGACACCGUAGGAUGCACCACCACCCACACAUGCGGCACCACCCAGAGAUGCGACAUCACCACCCACACAUGCAUCACCACCCAGAGAUGCGGAAGCCGAUGGGUCAUCACCAUGGUCCACCCAGAGGUGGCGGGGACUGUGCAGUUCAGUAAGGUACCCAGACCCUGGGUCAGGCUAACACUUGCAGCAAGGCUGGACACAUGUACACAGACAAUAGACUCAUGGACUGGACUGAGACCAACACUUUUCUUUUCCUGUGUACAAUUUUAAUACAUUUGACAUAAAUCUACUAACUCAAGAUAGGUAGUGAAUAAAUUCUGAGUUAAAGAUUAUUAGAGAAAGAAAUAUGCUCAACAGCGCGUUUACUUAGGACGAUUCUUGUAUUGUGUAGCCAAGAUUUUACUCGGAAAUAUACAUGAAUAUUUUCCCCUUUCUAAUUUGUUAUUGUUAUUGUUUAAUUAUGAUUUUUCUCUAAAUAUAUCAUUUUUGUUAGCUUUGAAGAAAUUUCCACUUUAACAUCUUACACGCUGCUGUCAUCUUAGACGACUAUCGUGUCCUUAAUUUUCAUCAGACAAACCUGACACCGAGCCGGGCCAGGGGGAUGAGGGGCCUGGGAGGCAGGCUGUCUGACACAAGUAUGACUGAAAGAAAAUGUCGAAUUUAAAUGCUGGGUCACAAAAUAGUUUUCUCCCUUUCUCUCUUUGUCUCUGUCUGUCAGCAUCCCUCUCUCCACUGUCUUUACUGAAAACUUUUCUUAAAAUCCUUUCAUCCGAAAUCAAAAUCUUAUUUUAUUUGAGAUGAAAAUCUUUUUCUGUACUUGUCAAUAAAAUAAUUAGUUUAUCAGCAAAACCGAUAUAAGCAUUACAAACUUUUUACAAACUAUUCCCUUUAAUGCUCUAAUCGUUGCCAGAAGUCGAUUCUCACAUAGAAUAUUGGUGGCAGCCCUGUCCUCACAUGUACUGAAAAACUGACAAACACCUCACGUCCUCUUCUACAGGGCUCUACUAUUUCACUGUUACAAUUUCACUGUUAUCAGAACCAUCCGACUAUUUUGUCUGUAAACAAGGCUGUCAGCAGGUGCUGGGAGAGUGCAGGUGCCGCUACAGGCUGGUGGAAGACACGCAGACAGACAACAAUUUGCAGGUCAAAAAAAAAAA